AUGCAGACCACACAGUCUCCACAACAACCACUAGCAGUGGUGGGAAUGGCUUGUCGCCUUCCCGGCAAUAGCAACUCUCCCACCGCUCUCUGGCGUUUCCUCGAACAAGGCGGCAUCGCUAGCACCGAGCCCCCAUCCUCUCGCUUCAAUCUCCACGGCCAUGAGGAUGGCACCAAGCGCAUCCGCACUAUGCGCUCUCCUGGAGGCAUGUUCCUAGAGAACAUCGACCCCGCUGACAUUGAUGCUCAGUUCUUUGGUCUCUCACGGGCCGAGGCCACCGCCAUGGAUCCUCAGCAACGGCAGUUGCUCGAAGUCGUAUACGAAGGGCUGGAAAAUGCUGGUAUCACAUUAGAGUCUCUCCGGAAUCAGCCCGUGGGCUGCUUCGUGGGCUCGUAUGCGUCCGACUGGGGUGAUAUGCAGGGUAGAGACCCGGAGGACCGCGUCCCCAAUGCCACGGUUGGUGUUGGGCGUGCCAUGCUCAGCAACCGGCUGAGCCAUUUUCUGAACAUCAAGGGGCCGAGUAUGACCAUUGAUACAGCCUGCUCCGGCAGUUUAGUCAGUCUCGACAUUGCCGCUCGAUACUUGCAGACCGGCGAGAUUGAUACUGCCAUUGUAGCCGGCUGCAAUCUGUACAUGAGUCCCGAGCACUGCAUCGACAUGAGCAAUCUGUCAGGUGCCGCCUCGCCCUCGGGCCGGUGCCAUACCUUCGACGCCAAAGCCGACGGUUACAUCAAGGCUGAAGCAGUCAACAUGGUCAUUCUCAAGCGCUUACCCGAUGCCCUGCGCCAGAACGACCCCAUCCGCGCCAUUGUGCGGGGAUCCGCCACGAACAGUGACGGCUGGACCGCCGGCAUCGCUAGUCCCAGCCCCGAGGCGCAGGCCGCCGCGACCAGACAGGCGUACCGGAAUGCAGGCAUCUCUAACCUCAAUGACACAAGUUAUGUUGAGUGUCAUGGUACGGGCACUCGCGCGGGGGACCCGAUUGAAGUCAACAGUGUAGCCUCUGUCUUUUGUGCCACCCGCACGGCAGAGCGGCCCCUACUCAUCGGCUCAAUCAAAAGUAAUGUCGGUCACUCAGAGCCAGCUGCAGGACUCUCUGGGUUAAUCAAAACGAUAAUGAGCCUGGAAAAGGGCUGUAUCCCCGGCAACCCUACUUUCGAGACACCCAACCCGGCUAUUAACUUCGAGGCCCUCAAAACUCGUGCCUUUCAGCGAACGAUCCAAUGGCCAGAUGUGCCGUUUCGUCGUGCCAGUGUCAACUCCUAUGGAUAUGGCGGGUCCAAUGUCCAUGUCAUCCUGGAUGAGGCUGGUACGUCGGUGCCUCCAUCAGAGGUCUCAUUCAAAUCGUCAUACCUGACAGAUGACGACGAUUUGUUUGCGGAUCAGGAGCAGGAAAGCUUCCACCUGCUGGUAUUUUCGGCCAACGACGAGGCCUCGCUGAAAGCAACGGUACAGCGCCUGCAGAUGCACCUGGUCAGGCCGGAAGUACGAGUCUCAUUACCGGACCUCGCCUACACCUUGUCGGAACGGCGGACUCGUCACUUCCACCGCGCAUAUCUCGUCUCUAAUACCCCCACAGUCGAUCAGCAUGCCCUGAUCUACGGUAAGCUACGGUCCAACGUCCCAAAAGUAGGCUUUAUCUUCACCGGUCAGGGAUCUCAAUGGCCGCAGAUGGGGAAGGCCCUGGUCGACACGUUCCCGUCUUCCCAACGACUGCUGCGGCAAUUGGACGCAGUGCUACAGACACUUCCCCAUCCUCCCCAGUGGAGCUUGUAUGGUAUCGAUACGAGCCCUCUCCUACAGCAGAUUCUCCAGCGUCACUCUGGGGCCGUUGCUCUGGCCUGUAUCAACUCUCCGCAAAGCGUGACUCUAUCGGGCCACGUUUCAGCUCUUGAGACCGUGUGCCACCAGCUCCAUGAGCACGGCCAUUUUGCGCGUCUGCUGCAGGUGGACCUGCCGUACCAUUCUCCCUUUAUGGCUGACAUUGCAGCCCACUACAAAAGCUUGCUAGAUGCUAGGGAGCCGGAUUCGUCGUCUCCAGCUUCGCCGCGGCGCCGCGGUGCUAAGUUUUUUUCAUCCGUCACAGGGUGCGAGAUGCAGGGUUCCGUGGACAACGCGUAUUGGGAAGCGAAUAUGAGGUUACCAGUGCACUUCAGCGAGGCAGUAGAAGCUAUGCUGACCGAUGCGGAUCCUGUGGAUUUCCUCAUCGAAGUAGGACCCAGCGGGGCCCUGGCUGGACCCGUCAAGCAGAUACUCAAAGCAUUGCCAUCCAAUGGUGCUGGCAUUGAAUACCACGCCGCCUGCAGACGAAACUCUUUCGAGCCAACUGCAUUGUUCGACGUGGCUGGACGGCUUUUCCUGGCUGACGGCCCGAUCAAUAUCAAUCAAGUCAAUACCACAGCCCGGGCCGAAAGUGCCCGCGACAGCAAACCUGCGGUUCUUGUUGAUCUCCCGAACUAUAUGUGGAACCAUGCAACUAAGUACUGGUGGGAAAGCCAGGCCAGCCGGGAUUGGCGCUUCCGCCGAUACCCAAACCACGAUCUGCUCGGUGGCAAGGUCCUAGGGACCCCAUGGACGGCCCCGGUGUGGAAGAAGCUACUGCGCCUGCCUGAGCUUACUUGGUUGUUGGACCACCGAAUCGGGGGUCAGGUGCUUUUCCCGGCAGCGGGCUACAUCGCCAUGGCGGUCGAGGCAGCCUUCCAGAUGGGUCAAUCGCGAGGGUUCAUCGACCAAACCUUGCAGGUUCAUAACGUGGCGUACCGGCUUCGCAAUGUCACCUUCAUGAAAGCGAUGGUCCUGGAGGAGGGCACUGACCAGCGCAUCAUGCUCACCCUUACCCCUGAAGACGAACGCGCGGAUUCGUGGCACCAUUUUACUGUAUUAACGCUACAUGAGGACGCUACCACGACCCGCCAUUGCUCUGGUAUGAUCAUGCUAGAGACUCCUUACGAUGAAGAUGCUCCUUGGGAGGCUAUUAAGCCAUUAGAAUACCCCAUGCCCGCACAAGCCUGGUACAAGGCCCUCCGGGAUGUCGGGUACUCAUUUGGCCCUUCGUUCCAGUCACAACUGGAGGUCGAGGCCGUGGCCGGUCAGCGAACCAACCGAGGCUUGGUUUCCUUUUCAGAGCCCCCGUCUUCUUACCCUCAGUCGCCUUACUCAAUCCACCCCGUGGCGAUCGAUGGCUGUCUUCAGUCCGGAGCUGCCUCGCUGUGGCAGGGCAUCCGCAGCGCUGUGGGCGGUGCUCUGGUGCCUGCCGUGAUAGAUGAUCUUCUCAUCAACGCCCGGGACGUUGCGGCAGUGCCAGUUGCGGUUGCAGCAGCCUCAGCUGAGUUCUCUGGAGUGGGCAGCCCCGAGGAAGCCCACAACUACCAUUCACAUAUACAGGUCUUUGACCCGGCCAGUAAACGGCUACUGCUUAAGGUCACGGGCUUGUGGUACCACAAACUCGACGCUAGCCCCGAGUCCCCUGAAAGGCAGCAUACCUUCAUGCGUUUGCACUGGAAGCCGCAGAUGUCCACCUUGAGCGACGGGCAGAUGCGUACCCUGAUUCAGGCUCGUCGUUCGCUGCAAAAGCCCAGGCCACAACACGAUCCAUCAUCGCCAUCACAAAAGCAGUGGACCCUUAUGGAGCUCCUUCUUCACGAGAAGCAUUCCCUUCAAGUGGUGGAGUUCAGCACGCUGCCAUUUGAGGAAAGUGUCGGGCGGGAUAUGUUCGACGGCGAUCUGUCCCUCGGCGAGGGAAAUUGCAAAUACCAGUUCAUGCCGAAAAAUCUGGCUUCGCUGCGUGCCUCGCAGGCUUUGCUGUCGGAAACGUACCCUCAGGCUCAGAUGAACAUGCUCGAUGUGACCAAGCCUGAUGUAGAUCUGUCCAUGCUACCUGACAUGCUUGAUUUGGCGAUCCUUCAGCUGGGGCCCGUCUCUAGCGCUGACUUGACGAAUGCGCUGGCUAAUGUCAGGCGGGCCAUGACACCGACAGCAUAUCUGUUGGUUUUAGGAACCGGUGAGGACAGCGAUUCUGGCAGCUCGGACUGGUCGAUGGUCGGAGGUUCAUCGUCCCAGAUUCUUGACUUACUGCGUGGCCAAGGCUUCGAGCGAGUGGUUCCCCUUGCACCGGAAAUCUUGUCAGAGGACACGGUAUUUCUCGCUCAGCUUUCAUCGGACAAGACCAUUGUCUCCCCUCCGCUUGCGACGACUUCAGAGGUAACAGUACUUCAUCUCACCCCGGAGGAUAAGCCACUAGUAAAACAGCUGGCCAUCGCCGGGAAAGCGCCGAGCGAGCAACGCCUCCCCCUUCCCGCUGCGGCUAUCGCGCCCAGCUCAGUCGUUGUGAUCGUGGACGAGGUUUAUUCGGCGACCCUGAGUGAGGUAACACCCAUACAAUGGCAGGCAAUUCAGCACCUCACUGCGUCGGGCUGUAAGAUUUUGUGGGUGACAAGCGGCGCCCAACUAGAUGUGACACAUCCAGAUCGCUCCCUGGCCUACGGCAUGUCAAGGGUCAUCCGUGCCGAAGACCCCUGCGUGAACUUCACUCUGCUGGAUGUCGAAUCCGCCGUCAGCACUGGCUCCCUGGAAGCAAUCUGCCGGACCAUUCUCUCCCUUCAGCAGGGCCAUCAGACGCAGGACCACGAAUUCGUCGAGCGCGAUGGGGUGGUGCACGUCAGCAGGGUCUACCCAGACACACAGAUGAACGCAGACGCCGAAAAAGAAGACGCCAUCACCACCGCCGCCGCCCUCCCGCCAGCCCAGCAGACCCAGAACCUUCACGAACAUCCCUCGUGUGUGCGACUGGUCUGCCGACAACCGGGCAAGCUCCAAUCGCUCUGCUUCGCCGAAGUCUCCAGCUCCCCCGUCCCUCUCCCAGAUGACUUCAUUGAAGUCGAGAUGCAUGCGGCGGGGCUUAACUUCAAGGAUGUGGCGACUUGCUUGGGGAUCGUGCCUGAGAAUCCUUACCUCUUGGGCCUCGAGGGCGCUGGUGUGAUCUGCCGGCUUGGUAAGGGAGUCACCUCGUUUCGCGUCGGACAGCGAGUCCUCGUCAACCGCCGUGGUAGCUUUGGAAACAAGGUCCAAUGCCCCGUGCAGGGCGCGCACGCCAUCCCAGACAGCAUGAGCUUCGAGGAAGCUGCUUCCUUGCCGGUCGUCUACUUGUCCGUGAUCCGCGGCCUCUUCGACCUGGCCAACCUCCAGCGCGGCCAGUCUGUGCUUAUCCACUCCGCAGCUGGCGGCGUCGGGCAGGCCGCCAUUCAGAUCUGCCAGGCCAUGGGUGCCGACAUCUAUGCCACAGUGGGUAACGACGCAAAACGCGCAGUGCUGACCCAGCAGUAUAACAUCCCACCGGAGCGUAUAUACUCCUCGCGGACGGCGGCCUUUGCGCCGCGCAUUUGGGAGGCAACACGCGGCCGUGGCGUGGACGUCAUCCUGAAUACACUGACCGGCCGACUGCUGGACGAGUCGUGGCGCAUUGUCGCGGCCGGCGGGUGUCUCGUCGAGCUUGGCAAGAAGGAUAUCCUUGGCCGGCGUUCGUUAUCCAUGGAGCCCUUCAAUCGCAACGCCUCCUAUCGCGCGUUGGAUAUGUCGCAUGACAGUAUCAGCAAUCCACUAACCUCACGCUCGGUUAUUAGACUCAUGACCAAGAUGUUUGAGCUGCUUGCUUCUGGCAGUAUCAGGCCCAUCGAGCCCCGCACUGUCUUCCCCUACCGGGACAUCGCCGGGGCCAUCCGGUACAUGCGAGGAGGCGAACAUAUAGGAAAGAUCAUUAUCUCGCGGGAGGCGCCGGACAACGAUCCCAACGUGCCGAUUGUGCCUGCACCCACGCAGCUUCAGUUACGCGACGAUGCCACCUACCUCAUCGUGGGAGGGCUCCGCGGCCUAUGCGGCAGUCUGGCCGUCUACCUCGCCUGCCACGGAGCCAAGCACCUUGCUGUGAUGUCCCGCAGUGGCUUCGAGGAUUCACGGUCACGCAGCGUAAUCCGCGACCUCAUCUCCUUGGGAACUCGCGUCGAGCUGGUGCAGGGCGACGUCUCGUGCCUCAAGGAUGUGCGGCGUGCGUUCCGACAAGCCGUGAAACCAGUGAGAGGGAUCAUUCAGGGUGCAAUGGUUUUGAAGGACAAGAUAUACACCUCCAUGACAGUCGACGGCUUCCGCGACGUCCUCCCCUGCAAAGUUUCCGGCACGUGGAAUCUUCACGCGGUCGCCCAGGAGCAGGGCGGCGUUGACCUGGAUUUCUUCACUCUCCUUUCCAGCAUUUCCGGACUGGUGGGCCAGAAGGGCCAGGCCAACUACGCGGCGGCCGGUGCGUUCCAGGACGCUUUCGCCACGUACCGGCGCGAUCGGGGGCUGGCAGCUUGCGCUGUGGACCUGGGCGUUAUUGAGGACGUCGGCUACAUCAGCGAGCGCCAGGAGAUUGCCACCCGGCUGGACAUCAACAUCUGGACGCCGAUCAAUGAGGCCCUCUUGCAUCGGAUUCUGCGGGCGUCGAUUCUGGAUCAGCAUAACGUGCAAGCUAGGGAAAACCCGACAGCCACAGCUCAGAUCAUCACAGGCAUCCCUUUUCCCCAGCCUGAGGGCGCAAUGCUGUUGCGCGAUGCGCGGUUCGGGGCACUAGCGGCGAAAGAAGGGAGUGCGGCGACGGCGGCGGGGAAGCACGGCGGUUUGUCGCAGGAGAUGCAGACGCUGCUCAUGCUGCUGCAGACGUCGACAGCGGAUCGGUCAGAGCAGCUGGCGGCCACAAUCGAGGUGGUCAAUCGGCACUUCAUGCACAGUUUAGGGCUGGCGGAGCCAAUGGAGGCGGCGAAGCCGCUGUCAGUGUACGGACUAGACUCGCUGGCGGCGGUGGACUUUCGGAACUGGCUGCGGCAGGAGCUGAAGGUGGUGGUCAGUACGUUGGAGGUGGUCGGGGCCAAGACACUAAGUGCCUUGUGUGAGAGAAUUUUGAGUCGGUUGCUGGAGAAUGCGGAUGCCACUGUUGGGGAAAGAGGCUGA